AUGAAGUUCACAGGAGUAGUAUACAUCGCGUUUGUGAUAGUUCUUGUGUCGGCUUUAGCUCCGACCAAAGCUGUCUUGGAAGAGAAAGUGGAAUGCGUUCCGACAGAACUUAUAGUAUGCUCACCAGCAUAUCAUGAAGGUGAUAGUCCACCGUCAGCUGAAUGCUGCGGAAAACUGAAAGAUCAAGAAUCGUGUUUCUGUGAUUACAUAAAAAAUCCAAAGUUUGCUCCGUAUAUUAAUUCUCCAAUUGCUCAAAAGGUUUUAGCGGCUUGUCGUAUACCUGCUCCUAUUUGUUAA